AGUACACUGUGCGCAGUUGUUCCAGAGGAGGGCAGUAAUGUGUCUAGCUAACUGUAGCUAACUUAAAGCUGUGUCUCAUUAGUUAGCAUCAACGGUUAUUGUUAAAGUUUGUUAAAAACCAACACAGGUGUUUUGUGUCGAAGUAUUGUCACUGAUUAGUUGCACGGAUUUGACUCUCAGCGUUACACCGAGCAGCGCAGCCGUCUGACAGUUAGGACCCGAAGAUGACCUCCAGGAAAGUGGUCGAGUUGUUCUACGAUGUGGUUUCUCCAUACUCUUGGCUUGGCUUUGAGGUCAUGUGUCGCUACAGAAACGUGUGGAACAUAGAGCUCAAACUGCGCCCUGCAUUUCUGGGAGGCAUCAUGCAAGGAUCAGGCAACAAGCCUCCUGGUCUGGUUCCAAACAAAUUCUUGUACAUGACCAAGGAUCUGAACCGCCUGGCAGAGUAUUUUGAUGUUCCCUUGCAGGCUCCAUCUGACCCCUUUGAGGCCAUGUUCAAAAAAGGCUCCUUGUCUGCAAUGCGAUUUGUGGCAGCAGUACAAGAGAAAGAAAAGGCUGGAGACAAACAGGUGGAGCAGGUGUCCCGGGAGCUGUGGAGAAGGAUCUGGAGCGAGGACAAAGACAUCACAGAACCUGCAUCACUGGCUGAGGCAGCAAAGAAAGCAGGUUUGUCUGACAGUGAAAUUGAAGACGUGCUGGAGCUGUCCACCUCAAAGGAGAUCAAAGACAAGCUGAAAGAUACAACAGAGAAAGCUCUUGAUUUUGGGGCGUUUGGCUUCCCCAUGAUGGUGUGUCAUGUCGAUGGAAAACUAGAGAUGUUUUUUGUCAGAUUUGAGCUCAUGGCCCACUGCAUUGGAGAGAAGUGGCUGGGACCUGAGCCUGACAAAUCAGCUGCCAAGCUGUGAGAUGAAAACUGUCUCAAACGUGUGCUCAGAGAUUCUUGAAUUUGUAUCUCACUUUAUUAAUGCCUUUGAUUUUCUGUAAUAUCUUGUAUUCUGUACCUUCUCAAAUCAAGCAACAGAUAAAGAGAUAGACCUGAGUGACCAAUAAUUAGUGUAAAUAAUGCAACAUACAGUUUAAUAUGUACCAAUUAAAAAGGGUUCACAAAU